GUGAGGAAGGGGGUGGGUGUAAGACCUGGGGCUGGGGAGCUGGACCAAGGGAAGCCCAGGCCACAGAGGUGACCACCAGGGGGCAGCGCGAGCCCGGGCCGGAGGCUCCCCCCUGCGCGGAGACCUUGGCUCCAAAUCGACUCUUCUUGCAGAAAGACAGAACAUUGCUGUGAGGACCUGGAGGAUUUGUGUUAGAGGAGCACACGGGGACUCUACCUCUCCGGCUCCAGUAGUAGCCGAAAGAUAAAUAGCGAGCUCAGGAGUCGGAACAGGAGCAGGGAAGGGCCCCCGCCUCCAGGUCUCGCACAGUUGUUUGUACAGCUGGCGGCCCAGUGGGGACGUGUGCAGUAGAAAAAAAAAAGUCGUCAGACCGUGGCUUCUUCGAGUCGAAUUCUCCUUCCCGUUAGCUUUCUCCUCUGCUCGCAGAUUUCCUUGAGCCCGGCGAGAUCAUCCCAUUCUUCUCCCUCGUCCCAGAAGGACUUCUCUUUUUCUCUCUAAAAUACCUGUGGAAAAGAACAUUCUGUGGCUUACCUUCAACAUUUAACAACGUUUCUCGCCGUCUGGGAUACUAUUUUCCUCCUACCGUUUGACCCCGCCCCAGUCCAGUAGAGAUGUUCUUCAGCAUCUUUUCUCAUACAGGCUUUGGUAACAGUGAAAGAACUGCCCCGCCCAGAUCCCUGUAUCAACAAACGUUAUAGCUUCCUGAAAACUUUUGUUCCUAUGCAUAAAAAUGUCUUUGGUGGACCUGGGGAAGAGGUUGCUAGAAGCAGCGAGAAAAGGCCAAGAUGAUGAAGUGAGAACAUUGAUGGCAAAUGGUGCUCCAUUCACCACAGAUUGGUUUUCCAAAUUGAGAGUCUCCUGUGGAUAUAUAGGUGGUAAUUGUAAGCUUGGAACAUCACCCCUCCACCUUGCAGCCCAGUAUGGUCAUUAUUCCACAGCAGAAGUGCUCCUUCGAGCAGGAGUUAGCAGGGAUGCCCGGACCAAAGUGGACAGGACCCCCUUGCACAUGGCUGCGGCUGAUGGACAUGCGCACAUCGUGGAACUGCUUGUUAGGAAUGGUGCAGAUGUGAAUGCCAAGGACAUGCUGAAGAUGACAGCUUUGCAUUGGGCCACAGAGCACCACCAUCGAGAUGUUGUGGAACUACUUAUCAAAUAUGGAGCUGAUGUCCAUGCUUUCAGCAAGUUUGAUAAAUCUGCCUUUGACAUUGCCCUGGAGAAGAACAAUGCUGAGAUUCUGGUCAUCCUUCAGGAAGCCAUGCAGAAUCAGGUGAAUGCUAAUCCCGAGAGAGCCAACCCUGUGACUAUGGCUGCCCCAUUCAUCUUAGCGCCGGGAGAAGUCGUCAACCUCACUAGCUUUGUUUCUUCAACCAACACCAAAACAACCUCAGGUGACCCCAAUGCCUCCUCAACAGUACACUUCUCAAAUUCUACCACCUCAGUGCUGGCCACGCUUGCAGCUCUUGCUGAGGCAUCAGCCCCCCUCUCCAACUCACACAGAGCCACAGCUAAUUCAGAGGAAAUCAUAGAGGGAAAUUCUAUUGACUCAUCAAUCCAGCAAGUGGUGGGGAGUGGAGGCCAGAGGGUCAUCACCAUAGUGACCGAUGGAGUCCCUCUGGGUAAUAUCCAAACUGCAAUCCCUACUGCAGGCAUCAGCCAGCCAUUUAUUGUGACUAUGCAAGAUGGACAGCAAGUUCUAACUGUACCUGCUGGUCAGGUUGCAGAGGAGACUGUAAUUGAAGAAGAAGAGGAAGAAGCAGCAGAAAAGUUGCCACUGACUAAGAAACCAAGGAUAGAAGGGAUGACAAACAGUGUAAAGGAAAGCAAGGAAGGCACUGAAAGAGAGCUACUGCAGCAGCAGCUUCAGGAGGCCAACCGAAGAGCACAGGAAUACCGACAUCAGCUCCUAAAGAAAGAGCAGGAGGCAGAACAGUACCGCCUCAAGCUCGAGGCCAUGGCCCGACAGCAGCCCAACGGAGUUGAUUUCAGCAUGGUUGAAGAGGUGGCUGAGGUAGAUGCUGUAGUAGUCACAGAGGGGGAGAUGGAAGAAAGAGAGACGGAAGUGACUGGGGCAGGAGGGACCACAGAGCCUCAUACUGGAGUUUCCAUGGAAACUGUUUCAUCUUAAUAUGCAAGGGCCACAACUUGUACUGUGUCCAUCUUUUUCCUCUUUUUAAAAGAAGAUACAGAGGACAAACAUUGUAGAAAAAUUAAGAAUGUCCUUAAGAAGAAAACUAUAGCAGGGUACAAUUCUUGGGCUCAGGAAGGCGCUCUAUGCAACUGGAAAAUUCAAAGCCAAAUUUAGGGAACACUUCUUCCGAGGGACCAAAAGAAUGAGAACCAAAUUUCUCAGCUCACAUCAUUGCUUUAAGCAUAGAGGUAAAAGAAUGUUGGAAGUUGUGGGUUGAUUGUUUUUUAAAUAACUGACUUUCUAUCAAAAGAUUUUAAGAUGACAUUCCUAAUAUGGACACACCCAGAGCCUUUAAUAAUUAUACCAUCAUGUGACCUGAAAAUUUGCCUUAGAUUUAUGAUGUGUACCGGUUAGAGAAGAAAACUAAUUGGGAGAGGGGUUAGAAGCAAGCUUUGGGGAAGAGAAAGGAAUAAAUAUAUUCUGCUUCCAGAAGAGCAGGCACUACCCACUCCCCUGAGUUAAUUUCACUGAAAAGAAUUUUGUGAGCCAGCCGUAGCAGCAUAGCAGUUAAGUUUAGCACAGUCCUCUUCAGCAGCCCAGGUUCAGUGCCUGGGCGUGGAGCUACAUGGCUCUCUUAGCGGCCGUGCUGUGCUGGCAGCCCAUGUACUGAAAAUUAGAGAAAGAUUGGCAUGGAUAUUAGCUCAGGGUGAAUCUUCCUCAGCAAAAAAAAAAAAAAAAAAAAAAAAAAAUUGUGAUUGCUUGACUACAUUUGCAUCUAUUGUGUAUCCAUAGCUCACAUGGCAGUUUAAGAAACUGAAAUAGAAUUUUUUAAAAACUGGAAAGAAAACUUGUUUAUGUGGGAGAAGUGUAUAUAAAUCCAAAAUCCUCCGGGCUAUGCUUCCACAAUGCUGGAAAGUGGCCAAAAAGAGGCUUGUGGGGUUAUGAAACAAUCUGGCCUCAAGAUACAAACUUUGCUCUGGCUGAAUUUCAUAAAAUCGCAAUCAGGAGGGUAGUCUGUUGUUAGAACAACUUGCUUCCAAACAUUUAUUUAUGUAGUAUCAAGCUUUAAUAUCAACUUUUUAAUUUUAUGAAAUUUUGUUGAGUUUUCUAAGUGUGCCUUUCUGUGGAGCUUACGUGGUAUCCUCAUAUAUGCAAAAGAAGAAGUUGGGGAGAGAUGAAUGCUGAGGAUGUUGUGUGGUUUUUCCAUUUGAUUUGGGAUGAGUAAAUUGCUAUUUCCUUAAGGUCAAGCCUUGUGCAGAGCUUUUGUGCCUUAUAGGUGCUCACUGUGUGUUGGCAAAGGGAGUAAGAAUUAUCAGUGCCAUAAAGUAAGGAACCAAAGAUUCUGGCCAGAUACUUUAUCUGCCUUAAUCCCUACUCUUCCACUAUUCCUGCUCCCUUUGCCUAGACACUUUUGGAAAGUGUUUCAUUGCUGGGUUUUCUUUGUGUGCCAGCUUGGAGAUUUUUCAAAAGAAAGGGAAUAUGGAUGGAGAGAGAGGUUGUGGAGAGGUUACAUUACAGAAGUUAUUGCCUUUGAAAUUGGGCCUCCAUCAUUCUAGACUUGCUUGCUUUGUUGUAAAUUAGAAGAAGAAACCAGAGGGAGAUGUGCCAAGUCAACAUUUGAACGACUGUUUAGAAUACAGUUUUCUUAAUUAGCGAUCAUGGGGAAAACAUACAUUUUUAAUUUGGAAUGAAACUUGACAGUUAACUUGGUUCUGUUUACCUUGAUUGGUGAACUAAUUUGCUGCAGUUUUCCAGAGGUGCAGAAUUAUUUGGGGCUCAAAAUAAACUGAAAACAUAACUCCCCAAACCAAAUUUAACAAAGAGAAUUGGCUGUUAGAGGCUUAUAGGCUAAAAUAUCAGUUUUGAAAUUAAUCUUGGCUACUAGCCACCUUAGCUAGGUUUUCUCUAUGGACUUGAGUAUUGAGCACUUCCCAGAUGAUCAGAGAUUACUCUGGACUGUUGGGGAUGACAGAGAAAUGCAAUGGAGGAGCCUAGGUAGGGGUGAGGGUAAAAUUGUGUCUUCUGUCAAUCGUCCUGUUUCUGUUUGUGAUCUGUUUCUUUUUUCUGAGUCCCUUUGUGAACCAGGUGCUAACAAUAAGCUGCUAUUGUGUGCCAUUUCAGAGCCUUAGCUUAACUAUAGAGGGACCAAGUAUCAUUUUAGAUGUGUUUUGUCUAUGUUCUUGGUGUAUAUAUUGACUUUAAUUCCCUUUUUUUUCCUUUCCUGUUAAGGGGUGGAGGUUAAUUCUAAGAAAGAUGUCCAGGCCCAACUACCUCACUCUCUGGGGUAGCUUCCGACUGGGGACAGGGAGUUUCCAUCCAAUACUCCCUUCUGGGCAUACAGAGUCCCUACUAUUUUGGGUAACUGUGUAGAGGUUUUUCAUUAUUCUCUUUCUGUAGGAAGCUAUCAUUCUCACCCAGGAAAAUCUCUAAUACAGCCCAAGUCAUUUUUGGUGAUGCGGUCUCUGACACAGGGAGUUAAAGGAAAGGUUAGGGUAGGGAGAGAGAAGGAAAUGUCUGGAAAGUGGUGAGUAGCAAAAAGGUAUUUGUAUUUAUUUACUUGGAAUAGACCUUAUAGCAUCUCAGAGAAGGGAAAUAGGGUUUGAUCUCCAGUUUUAUUGCCAUAGAGAGAAUGGUAGGUCAGGAUCACCUGAAGUAGUCAGAAGUUAAAUAUUAAAUGCAUAUCUUUCUGGAUCAGCCAGAAAGUUGGGAAAAUGUUGCUAAUCUUCUGGGUUAGGGAAUUCCAACUGGCUUUUGGUAAGGUUGAAUUACAGAGAAUCAAAUAACAGACAAGUGGUUCAGAGUUGGUACUUGAGCAGGAGAAACCUGGAGCCUAGGAUGGUUGCCUAGUUUAAAAUAAAGCUGCUCUGAAAAAAAAAAAAAUCUGCUUUAACAAUAUCAGUAUUAAUAUAGGAAUUUUAGACUCUACAUUUGCAUUUUGGUCUUAAGCCUUCCCCAAAAAAAGAGAAAGAAAGAAAUCUUCAUAUAUCUGUUCUUGUUCCUGGCUUCAGGGAAAUUACUUAUAAAUGUGUAAAUGUACAUUCCCUUCCUAUCACUACCUCUGUGGGAUCUCGUAAUUGUAAUGCCAGAGUUGAGGUCUCUUAAUUGAAAUAAGGGAGGAAUUGGCUUUAGGUUUUCUAUAUUUUGAACUCAGUGCCUUAAAAGAUGUCCUUUUUCUCUCUCA